GACCCACUCUCUUGGCUGAAGGAGGUUCAGCAAAGACGAAUUGAAGCGAUGAAAAGAGAGGCGAUGCGAAAACUUUUUGAAACAGUCACUGCACUGCAUCAUAUUCGAUUAACAGAUCCUCCUGAAUGUCCACGGAAUCUCUCAGUGUCUCAUGCGACAGCUGAUUCGGUGCUAUUGAGAUGGUGUCCACCUCUAUAUUUGGACGAGGGCAAACGUUACUGGUAUACCCUCACCUAUAAACCAAGGUAA